GCUUUUUUUUAUCACUGAUAAACAAAAAUUCUGAAAAGAACAAUAAAGAUCGUAUACAAAUGAUUUUAUCAAUUAUUUAUCAGAAUUCGGAAAAUUUUUAAUAAAUUUACAUAAUUAUAAUAGCAUAUCUUUUGGUAUUUGUUUACAGUAGCAGUGACGGUGGUUAAUCAUCAAGAGCUCUUUUUUUGAUGCAGGCGUGGGUAUAAAUGCAGGACCAUUGAUAUUAGUCUUCUUUUUCAGGUUCUUGAGACACCCUUUAAUUUUUAUUCUUAUUUUCUUGGUUCAGAAGCUCUGAGAAGUGAGUCAUAGUACAAAUUGUUUGUUUGAGUUGAGCUGAAAAAAGAAGGGUUUGUAAGAGAAGUCCCUAAAUUCAAGCAAAAGGUUUUAUCAGUGAAAAAGAAGGCUUUGCAGAAUGGUGUACAGCAGGGUUGCAGAAGUAGUAGCACAGAAUCUGAAAUGGGCUCAUUUAUGAAAUGGAGUAAUGAUUCUGUGUGUGAUUUUGGUGAAUGCUUUGGAAGUAGUGGGUAGAGUUUGGUGUAUAAUCAUGGGGUCUUGGCUUUCUCCAUUUAAUGCCUUACAUUUUGAUUCAGCUUAUGAUUUGUUGAUGGGGUAGCUGGAUUGUGCAAUUGGUCUCUGAUUAGGACUUGAGUUUCUUGAAGUGAAGUUGAAGUGUUUUUUAGGGUUAGAAUCCACACCGCCCCUCUUCUUCUUUUGAAUUAGGUCUUCUUUUGGGUAUUAAUCUGCAACUAUUUUGUUCAUAGGGUAAUUGUUGAUAGUUGUUAGACAACUUAAGUGAAGCAUAUUUGGGUUUGGCUUCUUUUUCCGCUUUCUGUAAGGGGAGAUAUGGAUAGGGGGAGCCCAGAUAAAAAUAAGGCUGAGGAAAGGAAUGAGGAUUCUAGGAAGUAUAAUGCAGCAGAGGUGCCAACAGAUUGGCGACUUAGUGGUGCAAAUCUAACGAAUGCAUCAAUGGGAUUGAUUCCCGCUGAAAAUCGCAUGGGAAUUUGUAAGGCAGAUCUAAUGGAGUCUUCUUCGUGUUCCACUGCAUCUAUGGUGGAUUCAUUUUGUGCUACUAUUUGGGAUCAACCAACAACUGAUUCGCAGAACAUGGGAUUUUGUGAUGUGAAUGUGCAAAAUAUUACCAGCUCAUCGAGUAGAUUUGAAUUUAGGAAAGACAAUCUGGGCCCUCCAAGAACUGAUCUAGAGCAGGCCAUAGAUAUGGGCUGGAAUCCAAAUAAUCCAACGUUGAAAGAGACCAUGCUUUUACCAACGUCCACUAGGAUGGUUCCUCAGAGCUUAUCUCAGUUUCCAACAGAUUCCGGGUUCAUUGAGCGGGCAGCCAGGUUCUCAUGUUUCAGUGGAGGAAAUUUUAGUAAUUUAGCAAACCCAUUUACCAUUCCAGAAUCCAUGAGUCCUUAUACUAGAGGACCGGCACCGAUGCAAGGAACACAGGAAGUUCUUGCAGGCAGUAGACUGAACUCAUUAUCUGUAGGGCAGUCCCAGAUAAAUGAGAUGAGUACGGCUGAACUCUCCAAGGAUGAUAUAAUGCCUAUAGAGCAUGGACCUAGAAGAGGGAGCCCGAUUAAUAUUGAGAGAAGUAACAGCUUUCUGAGGUCUAAUGAUCAAGCAAAGCAAGCUUUGUGUGAGCCCGGUAAUGAGUCAGAUGAAGCUGAGUUUAGUGGUGGGGGUGCUCAAGCUGAGCCUUCAGCAUUGGGAAGUGGAGGAACUCCUGCCAAGACACAUGGCUUCAAAAAAAGGAAAAGAAUUGGCCAGGAAUCUGAGCUUGACCAAGUCAGGGGUGCUUCAGUUACACCUGAAGCUACAAAUGAUGACUCAGAUAUUCAACGGAAGGGUGACCAGAAUCCAACUUCAACUAUUAGUAAGCCUGGUGGUAAACAUGGUAAACAGGGAUCUCAGGCUUCUGAUUCAAACAAGGAAGAAUACAUACAUGUUCGAGCAAGAAGAGGGCAGGCAACCAAUAGUCAUAGUCUUGCCGAAAGAGUGAGAAGGGAGAAGAUUAGUGAAAGAAUGAAGUUUCUUCAGGAUCUUGUACCAGGUUGCAGCAAGGUCACUGGUAAAGCAGUAAUGCUGGAUGAAAUCAUUAAUUAUGUUCAAUCACUACAACGACAAGUUGAGUUUCUCUCUAUGAAGCUUGCAACAGUUAAUCCUCGGCUGGAUUUUAACAUUGAAGGGCUUUUAGCGAAAGAUAUCCUUCACUCCCGAGCUGGUCCUUCAUCUACACUUGGCUUUCAUCCUGGCAUGUCUAUGCCUUAUGCUCCGAUGCAUCUGCCACAAACUGGACUAAUUCCAGCUGGUCUCUCUGGCAUGGGACCAUCUCCAGAUGAACUCCGGAGAAGCCUUACUUCCCAUUUGACUUCCAUGAAUGGGGGAUACAAAGAGCCUAAUCCUCAGGUACCAAAUGUCUGGGAGGAUGAGCUCCACAAUAUAGUGCAAAUGGGCCUUAAUUCUAAUAUUACCCUGGAUGAAGAAGAUUUACAAGGGCCUCUGCAAACAGCCCAUAUGAAAGCUGAACUCUGAUUGUAGUUUUGUCCUCUAACUGAAGUACUUCGUUCGAUAAUAUCCCAUUACAACUAUGAGAUUCGUCAUUCGUACAUGCACAUGAAAGCUUCUUCGAGAUUAGCACGAUGAUUAUGGAGUAAGACAUCACCAUGAUUUUGCUAAAGAUCUCUACAACACUUCGUGGUUAUAUACCAAGCUCUUUGUAUUUAGAUUCAGGAAGUGAAGUUUCAUUUGCAAUGAGGUUGUAGUUGGUCUCUGAACAAGCGACUUUCACGCAGAGCUGCCGUUAAUCUCUAUGUCCGAGCCAGAUGUGCGUAUCUGUAAUGAAAAGGGUUUUGUUGUUAAUUUUUUACAGCAGAACCGGCUAGAUUUUACACAAUGCAUUAACCAGUGGCAAAGCCUGCAUAAUCUAGCGCAGAGGAGGUGAAAUUCGUGUUUAAUAAUGUAUUUACUGAUUAAUAUGUGGCAAUCCUUUUGAUUUGAUUAUAAUACCAUUCAGAUUAUGUAUC